AGGCGAGGUUCCGGGGGUGGGGCGGCUAAGAGCGGAGAGGGCGAGCGGGCUAGCGGGCAGCGGCGAGUGUGGAGGCCGCGGCGGCGGCGGCGGCGGCGGCCGAGGAGGAGGACGAGGCAACGGGGGUGCGGCCGCCGAGGGGAGCUCCUCCCCCGUUCCCUCACCCCCUUCUGCUCAGCUCCGCGAGCCCCGGGCGGGGCGGGGGGACGUGGAGCGGGGCAGGGCGGGGGAGCCGCCCCGAGACCGCCCGGGGCGCACCCCCGCUCCGAGCGCACGCCACUCGCUGGAACUUUGUGGCCGCGCCGCAGGUGUGGGGGCCCGCGGAGGUGUGCAUGUGGGGCGCCAGGGCGUCGCGGAGAGCGGCCGCUGCCCUGUCCGGCCCUCGCUGGAGUAGCUCGGAGGAAGCGAGCAAGGAGACAGGUGUGUGCCCUCUUCCUGAUUCUGGAGAAAAAUGCCGGUCCGGAAGCAAGAUACCCAGAGAGCAUUGCACCUUUUGGAAGGUUAUCGUUCGAAACUAAGCCAAACAGAAGACAGACAGCUCAGAAGUUCCAUAGAACGGGUUAUUAACAUAUUUCAGAGCAACCUCUUUCAGGCUUUAAUAGAUAUUCAAGAAUUUUAUGAAGUGACCUUACUGGAUAAUCCAAAAUGUAUAGAUCGUUCAAAGCAGUCUGAACCAAUACAGCCUGUGAAUACUUGGGAAAUUUCCAGCCUUCCAAGCACUACUGUGACUUCAGAAACACUACCAAGUAGCCUUAGCCCUAGUGUAGAGAAAUACCGGUAUCAGGAUGAAGAUACACCUCCUCAAGAGCACAUUUCCCCACAAAUCACUAAUGAGGUGAUAGGUCCGGAAUUGGUUCAUGUCUCAGAGAAGAACCUGUCAGAAAUUGAAAAUGUCCAUGGAUUUGUUUCCCACUCUCAUAUUUCACCAAUAAAGCCAACAGAAGCUGUACCUCCCUCUCCUCCCACUGUCCCUGUGAUCCCUGUCCUGCCAGUCCCUGCUGAGAGUACUGUCAUCCUACCCACCAUACCACAGGCAAAUCCUCCUCCAGUACUGGUCAACACAGAUAGCUUGGAAACAUCGACUUAUGUUAAUGGCACUGAUGCAGAUUAUGAAUAUGAAGAAAUCACACUUGAAAGGGGAAAUUCAGGGCUUGGUUUCAGCAUUGCAGGAGGUACAGACAACCCACACAUUGGAGAUGACUCAAGUAUUUUCAUUACCAAAAUAAUUGCAGGGGGAGCAGCUGCGCAAGAUGGAAGAUUGCGGGUCAAUGACUGUAUAUUGCGAGUAAAUGAAGUAGAUGUUCGUGAUGUGACACAUAGCAAAGCAGUUGAAGCAUUGAAAGAAGCGGGAUCUAUUGUACGCUUGUACGUAAAAAGACGGAAACCAGUAUCAGAAAAAAUAAUGGAAAUAAAGCUCAUUAAAGGUCCUAAAGGUCUUGGGUUCAGCAUUGCUGGAGGUGUUGGAAAUCAGCAUAUUCCUGGGGAUAAUAGCAUCUAUGUAACCAAAAUAAUUGAAGGAGGUGCAGCACAUAAAGAUGGUAAACUUCAGAUUGGAGAUAAACUUUUAGCAGUGAAUAGUGUGUGUUUAGAAGAAGUUACUCAUGAAGAAGCAGUAACUGCCUUAAAGAACACAUCUGAUUUUGUUUUUUUGAAAGUGGCAAAACCGACAAGUAUGUAUAUGAAUGAUGGCUAUGCACCACCUGAUAUCACCAACUCUUCUUCUCAGCCUGUUGAUAACCAUGUUAGCACAUCUUCCUACUUGGGCCAGACACCAGCGUCACCAGCCAGAUAUUCACCUGUUUCAAAAGCAGUGCUUGGAGAUGAUGAAAUUACAAGGGAACCUAGAAAGGUUGUUCUUCAUCGUGGUUCAACAGGCCUUGGUUUCAACAUUGUAGGAGGUGAAGAUGGAGAAGGAAUAUUUAUUUCCUUUAUUUUGGCUGGCGGACCUGCUGAUCUUAGUGGAGAGCUCAGGAAAGGAGAUCGUAUUAUAUCGGUAAACAGUGUUGACCUCAGAACUGCCAGCCAUGAGCAGGCAGCAGCUGCAUUAAAAAAUGCUGGCCAAGCUGUCACAAUUGUUGCACAAUAUCGACCUGAAGAAUACAGUCGUUUUGAAGCCAAAAUACAUGACUUACGGGAGCAGAUGAUGAAUAGUAGCAUUAGUUCAGGUUCAGGUUCCCUUCGAACUAGCCAGAAGCGAUCCCUCUAUGUCAGGGCCCUUUUUGAUUAUGACAAGACUAAAGACAGUGGCCUUCCUAGUCAGGGAUUGAACUUCAAAUUUGGAGAUAUCCUCCAUGUUAUUAAUGCUUCUGAUGACGAAUGGUGGCAGGCCAGGCAGGUUACACCAGAUGGUGAAAGUGAUGAAGUUGGGGUGAUUCCCAGUAAACGCAGGGUUGAGAAGAAAGAACGAGCCCGAUUAAAAACAGUGAAAUUCAAUUCUAAAGCAAGGGGAGAUAAAGGGCAGUCAUUCAAUGACAAGCGUAAAAAGAACCUCUUUUCCCGAAAAUUCCCCUUCUACAAGAACAAGGACCAGAGUGAGCAGGAAACAAGUGAUGCUGACCAACAUGUAACUUCUAAUGCCAGUGAUAGCGAAAGUAGUUACCGUGGUCAAGAAGAAUAUGUCUUAUCUUAUGAGCCAGUGAAUCAACAAGAAGUUAAUUAUACUCGACCAGUGAUCAUAUUGGGACCUAUGAAAGACAGGAUAAAUGAUGACCUGAUCUCAGAAUUUCCUGACAAAUUUGGAUCAUGUGUUCCUCAUACAACUAGACCAAAACGAGAUUAUGAGGUAGAUGGAAGAGAUUAUCAUUUUGUGACUUCAAGAGAGCAAAUGGAAAAAGAUAUCCAGGAACAUAAAUUCAUUGAAGCUGGGCAGUAUAACAACCAUCUGUAUGGAACAAGUGUUCAGUCUGUGCGAGAAGUAGCAGAAAAGGGCAAACACUGUAUCCUCGAUGUGUCUGGAAAUGCCAUAAAGAGAUUACAGAUUGCACAACUUUACCCAAUCUCCAUUUUUAUUAAACCCAAAUCCAUGGAAAAUAUCAUGGAAAUGAAUAAGCGUCUGACGGAAGAACAGGCCAGAAAGACGUUUGAGAGAGCCAUGAAACUGGAACAAGAAUUUACUGAACAUUUCACAGCUAUUAUACAGGGAGAUACGCUGGAAGACAUUUACAACCAAGUGAAGCAGAUCAUAGAAGAACAGUCUGGUCCUUACAUCUGGGUUCCAGCAAAAGAAAAGUUAUGAGGACUGAUGUUUCUCUGUUUCUCUUUUCCACGGUCUCAUUUUCUCUGACACUUCUUUGCCCUUUCCUUCUGGAGUCUGUCUUCAAUACUUCUUCCAUGUUGAAUCAUAUCCCACUCAUCAUGGUCUGCAGUUGCACUUAUUUUUGACAUCUUAGUGUCUCCUUCAAGUUGUAACAUCUGUAUUAUUUUAUCUCACUAUUGGUUUGUGGCCAUUUUUCACAAAUGAAGAUGGAAUGGCCUGACCAGCUAUUAAUAGGAUUUGGGGAGACGGGGAAAUUGUGGUAAAAUUCCUUAAUGUUUAAGGGAAAGUAACUUUAAGAGAUUUUCAGAGAAGCUUUAUAUACAUUCUUUCCAAAUUUCAAUAUAAAUGAAAGAAAAGUUGUUUUAAUCAAUGAUUUAGUAAACUUUGAGCAACAAUGCAUGCUUAACUUUAAUAGCAUGGUUUGGCCAACAUAUUAGCUCUCAAGUCCUUUUCUCAAUUGACUUCUGUUAUCAAAGCAAAUAUUUCAUUAUAGACAAAUAAGGAAAAUAUGUUUUUUAAUUUCAAAAUUAAUAUCUGAGUUAACUUUAAUAAUUUCACAAGGGAUAUUC